AUGCCCGCCGCUGGAGACGAUGAGAUCACCAACCUGAUCGCGGACAUUGUUGCCGCCUCCAAGCUCCCCCCCAAGGCGCGCGCGACGCUCGUCCGUCCGUCCGUCAACAGCCUCGCGUCGCUCGCGUACGAGCGCGGCCUGCUGCCCGCCGCGCUGGACGAGCUGCUCGCGCUGGUGACGACGCCGAGCCAGCUGGACCAGGCGAGCCUGGGCGUGCACCACGCGCUGGAAGAGCCGGGCGUGCUGUCGCGCGCGUACCCGGUGCUGUUCAACCUGUUGGACACGGCGGCGAUCCGGCCGCAGCUGGCGCACCUGCUGGCGCUGAUCACGCGGAGGAAGCACGUGCGGCCGUUUCGGAUUCAAAAUUUAUUGAAUUUGUCGCGGCAGACGGGGAAUGACCCGACACUGGUCGGGUUGCUGCGCGUGUACAAGGAUUACUAUCCGGAAAUCAUCGUCGGCGAGGCGGUACGCGGGCGUGCCUCUGCCUUCAAGCAUCCGGAUCCGUCAUGGCGGGAAAGAAUGGACGAGCUGCAAGAAGCACAUCUACAGCAGACGCAGGAGCGCAUGUCGCGCCCGCGAGACGCUUUUCGUGUGCACAAGUCAGUCGGACGCGGGCAAAGGAAAACAGCCCUGCCGUCUGUUCACACUACGCACGCCACCGAGGACUCCGUUACGCUGGAGGAAAUCGAAAAUGUGCAGAGCUUCGUGGACAAGAUGGACAAGCUCGAGCUGCCCAACCAGCUGGUCGCGGUGCUGGCCGACCCACUCCUCCAGAAGCUGCUGUUGCUGCGGCCGAGCGCCGAGUCGUACAUGCGCGUGGCCAACUGGCUGAACGCGGCCUUGCAGGAGGUUGUUGACGGCGAUGCGGACGAGACGACGCUCUGGGAGAUGAUGGACGUUGUCCGGGACUUUGUCGUGCAGAUCAAGAACUUGCCUGCUACCGUGCUCAACUUUUUUGCCCACUUCUUUCAACUCUGGAAUGGCGAGGGUUCCAAGACGUGCAUCUUCCAGAUUCUAGUCUACACGCCCCUCCAUGACUUUGACGAAUUAUACAAGCACAUUUUCCAGCCGUUCGAAGCUGCCGUCGCUGACAACAAGCCUGCCACGCAGCUCGAGCUGCUCAACAUGUACACCAACCUGGUGCAUCACUGGACCUCGGUGCUGCGGUCGAGCAAGAACAUCCCAGCGCACGCCAGCCGCACCAUCACCAGCACCGUGCAGCACGCCGGCACGCUCGCCCUCGCCCUGCUGCAGACCGGCCCGACGCUGUCGAGCGAGUCGGCCAUCCUCGCCCUGUACGAGCAGAACCUAGCGCUGCUGACCGACGAGGCGCUGCGGAGCCGCGUGCGCAUCCAGCUGCCGCCGUCAGCGCUCAUCUACCUGCUCGUCCUCAGCCAGUCACUGGCGACGGUGGCGCGACUUUGCCGCAUCAUGGCCUCGUACAAGCGCGGCUUCGAGACGGCCAUGAAGGUGCGCGCCGGCGCCGGCACGACCGUCGACGCCUCCUCCUACUCGCAGGACGAGGUCAACCGCUACAACGGCAACCUGCUCGACAUCGUCAAUCUGCUGUGGCGGAUGCACGCGUUCGGCGUGGAGCGCGGCGACGUCGAGCAGGGGUGCAUGCUGCCGGCGGCGGCGCGGGAGCGGCUGGGGCGCUACGCGGCGGCGGCGGACCGCGGCGUGGUGACGCUGGCGGCGGCGCUGUCGCUUUCGUACUCGCCGGUGCUGUGCCUGCAAAGCAGCGAGGCGCUGCGCGCGCUCGAGGUCCGCCGGAUCGCGGCCGACGAGGCCGUGGAGACGCGCCACGCGGGGCCCGCCUCGCAGGAGAGCCUGCGGAGGCUGGCGACGUCCGGGGGCAUCAGGCUCGGGUUCAACGGGUACAGGGCCAGCGUCCUGGAGGCGCUGCGCGCAAAGGGCAUGCCGGGCGUCGAGGAGCUGCUCAAGGCGAGCAUGCCGUCGGCGGCAAAGGCGAUCGAGAGCUGGGCAGCGGGCAAGGAGGCGUGA